AUGCGGACACAGCCAAAAGUACUUUGCUCCAAGAAUCAUUGCCUACUGCUUCGCGCGGACAUAGCCGAAACCAGUACCGUCAAUCGCUCAGGCUUCGGGCCCACAGUCAUCCGAGGCGAGAAGAUCAAGUUUGGCCGUUCGACUCCAGAUUCUGAGGCAUUGGCAUCGUCAGAAGACGAGCCUGAACUCUCUCACUCGGCUUCAUCGGUCACAGUACGUCCUUCCGCCGCCGCAGGCAUCCGAAGAUCUUCGUUCCUCAGCGAGAUCAAGUCUGGAGAUCUAAGAAAGGCAUCCAUCUCUGGAGCCACUAUGCCCUCGAAUGGAUCUCAACCCUCAACACCUUCAGCCGAACACAACCCAUGGACCUUCGGAUCUGCACUCGGCCGUGUUCCAUCAAACGGCUCCAACGGAGGUGCCUGGGCUACGCCCAACUCUAUCUGGGGCGCAGAUCGUAGAGAGAUGCCUCUAAGAAUCAACGAAGGCUCCUCUCCUGCCUUUGCGCCUCAACCAAGUCCGGGCAUCGUCGAUCAACCCGAAUCGUUUCCCUUCAACAAUAUGCCUUUGCAACCGAUCAUGAAGACACACCGGUCCCAGUCUUACUCGGUCGGUCAGCUCGAAACCGAACUCGGCUUGCAAAGUCCUGGUGCCGUGGGUACCCCUUCAAGAGCCCGACCCAGUGCAACAGGACCCCAGUACCGCCCGAUGCGCCCAAGCGCACUUGGAGAGACAGUCUACACCGAAGGCAGACCUCUGGGACAGCUGAGUGAAGUUGAAGAUGAUGAAGGCCCUGACCAGGGUGUGCUUCUCGCUGGUCCGAGAAGCCGUCAAGAACAGGUGUCGGACCUUAGCAACUCUCUUCUUCGUCAGGCCACACAUGAGAGCGCACGCGCAAAGCAUGGAUCUGCCACACUCGGUGCUUCGGCCGCAGAAGAUGUGCGUCGUAACAUCAGAAACCCUGCAUCUCCCGACAACUUCGCUCAAUCUGGUGCUGAUUCCGCAAUCGAUGACGAUGACUUUGAGCAACUCUACUCAGGAAGGCCCAGCAACGGACUCACUCAGUCCAUGCUUCAGGAUGCAUCUCAUCGUGGUAUGUGGUCUACUUCUCUUGGCUUCGGCAUGGAUGAGAUCAAUCAGAGCAGAAGACAUUCGCUAGCAGAUAUCCCAACUCGUCGCGGUUCGCUCGUCGGUGGACUGUCUGGCUCGGGUCAAGGCUACAGCAGCGUUGCUUCAGCAUUCGCCAAUAUGCCGCACGGCUCAGAAAAUGGAAGCAAUGGCAGUGCCCUCUCGGAGUAUCACCAGACUUCUCACGAGCUGGAGAACAACAUGACCGAGUCAGACAUGCAGCACAGAGAAUAUGCCCACAACUACUUCUCGGGUCUGACCACUGCCCACAGAAAUCAUGCCGAAUCAUCAGGGCUCAUGAUGAAUAACAGUCAUCAAAGCCCUUACUCUUCCGCUGGUGGCGCAGGCAACGUCUUUGGUCGCCAAGGAUGGAGUGCUCCGCUGUACAUUGUCACCUUUAAGUGUUCUAGAUCUGGCAUCUUCUAUAUCCACGAAGGUACCGGUCUUGACGUCAAGGAGGGCGACCUGGUCAUCGUCGAAGCAGACCGCGGUCAGGAUCUGGGAACUGUUACUCACGCCAAGAUUGACUGGCCCAGAGCAAAGGAAACACUUGAGAAGACAGGAGAAGACCACUACAAAUGGCUCAUGAUGUUCAGCCGCCAUAAUCUUGCCUUGACCGACUCCGAAACGCGUGGUCUUAUGGCCUCUAAUGGUGCCGACCGCGGUAGCAUGCACAGAGACAGACCUCUCGAUGAGUACCCACCCGGCAUGGGCGGUCCUCCGGAAAUGCCCACAGAGCCUACGAAGCCAAAGAUGAUCAAGCGUCUCGCUCAACCCCACGAGAUUGCCAACCUUCGCGAGAAGGAAGGAAACGAAGCCAAGGCAAAGAGAAUUGCGCAGCAGAAGGCAAACGAGCACAAUCUCAAGAUGGAGAUUCUGGACGCCGAGUUCCAACUGGAUUGGAAAAAGCUCACCUUCUACUUCUACUCAACCGAGUACAUCAACUUCAACCUCCUUGUUGGCGACUUGUUCAAGAUCUACAAGACACGUAUCUGGCUCUCGGCCAUCAAUCCUGCCGCCUUCCGCUCAAGACCCAACCAGCCACCUAGCUCCAUUGGACCAGGUGCCAUCCAGCCCGGCGCUUCGCCGAGAACGAUGAACCCUACUGCUUCAUCCUUCUUUGUCCCCCGUGAUGGAGGCGGCCCGAACUAUGCCAGUGAAGCCACUGGCAGAACCCCCCAGUCAUACUAUGAGCCGCCUGUGAGCCAGUCCCAGAUGCAAGGACAGCUUGGAUCGCGUGGCGGACUCGGUAGACAACAGUACUAUGGCUCGAGUGGCUUCGCCGGUACCACUGAACAGAACUGGUACAUGCCAACCAGCUCCUACGGACAGCAGGCGUUCGAUGCCCCAUACGGAAACGCCCCUUCGCCCUCGCACGAACUGGCAUUCAGACCUGCUCCAGGCCUGGGACAGAGUCUGUUGAGAAACGGCAGCCGUCAAGCUCGCCCCGGCGACUUUAGCCACAUGCGCUAG